AUGCCUCGACGAGGUCGUGCUCGAGAAUACGACGAGGAGGACAUGUACGAAGUUGAGCGUGAUGUGUAUCCACGACGAGGCAGGGAUGAGCGUUUCUUCGAGGAAGAUAUAAGAUACAAACGUCGAGGAUCGGAGGGACUACCGCUUGACAAACUUGAACGCUUACACCUGGAAGCUCAAAGAAAACCGGAGAUGUUACGUGAGCCUCAUGGCUAUCCUCGUGAUUUAGCGCCUCCAAUCCUGAGACGUGAGCCAGAAGACCUUGAACCACCUCGUGAGAGACCGCGCCGCUUGAAGAAAGACUGGGAUGAACAACCCCCUCUUCGCGGACGGCCUCGUUCGAGGGACCGGGAUAUAGAGGAAGAGAUCACGUUUCGCGAGGAAACGGAUCGAAGAUACACUGACAGCGAGUCUGACAGUGAUAUCGUUCUUGUGCCGAGAAAUGAACGACCGGUGCAUCGACGCAGGUAUGAGAUUCCAGAGGUCGCACCUAAACCACGCAGUCGGAGUCUUCUGGAGGAAAGGAGACUGCGAGAACUGGAUUAUAAGCAAGGUGACGUGCGGCUUCGAAGGCCCGAUGUGGAAGAACACCAUAGGAGGCACCGCAGUGGCCCUUUCUAUGAGAGUUUAGAUGAUGCUGACGACGAGCUCGAUGAAGAGGUCGAUGAGGAGGAAGUCUCAUUCUGGGACCCUAGGGAAAGAAGACCUGAGCGAAGUGUUGAGGAAAAGGAGAUUAUCUUCGAAAGACGGGAAAGGUCGUCAUCUCCAGAAAUUGCAAUCCCUAGAGCUCCAUCGCCGGGGCAUGGUAGGCCUAUUCGUGAUGGCUUUAGAACAAAGCCUAGCAUGCCUCGAGCUCAUAGCCCUGAGAUCACACUUACAGAAGCAGAAUUUCGCGAACGUGAGAGACGCCGGAAAGGACGACGGGAUAAAGAAGAGAUCCUCUUUCUUCGACGAGAGGAAGAGGAAUUCCCUCAACCUCGGCGGGAAAAGGUUGUACCUAUCGACCCUCCGAGGCCUAGGUCAAUGGAGCGCGAGAAGGAAAGGCUUACAGUGAUACGGCGGGAUGGUAGCCGAGAGUCCCUCGUCGAAGAAGAAUUUGAAGAAGAGGAUAUCUACAGGCUCCGUGGGCAUCGCACACCUCCUAGGAAGGACAUUAAGACGAUGGAGGAGCUGGAUAUUGUCAGAGCCGAACCCAAGGAAGAGAAACGGACUGAGAUAGUUACACAAGAAAUCAAGCCUUCACGAUACGGCGAUCGUGAGUCUAAGCUUGUUGUUAAAGACGUGAAAGAGUCUGACAAUAUCCCGGAACGGCAACUUGGGCGAAUAGGACGACGAUACGUUGGACUCAAAGACCGUCGUGACGGCCUUUGGACGGAGAUUACGAAGGACCUGAUAAACGACGUCGACGCACUGAUUGAGCGCUCGGAAGAGAUUCGGCGUGCACGCCGUCGUCGAAUUCAAGAGAUCCACCGUGAGCGAGCAGCUCUGCCUCGUGUAGUUGCUCCUCCUCCACCACCUCUGAUACCUGCAGCCGAGAAAGCAGCGCCCCUGCUUCUCGACAACCAACCACCACCUCCCCGCUUCGUUCGGGAUGAGCGGAGAAAGAAGGAACGGGAUCUGGUCGUCGAGGGCAACCGCUGGAGGGGCCCUCAGCGCCCAGGGCGGUGGUGA